AAUAAAGGACAAUUAGAACAAGUGCACCUCACUCCAAUUCUUCAAAAAACCAUGAUUUAAUAUUCCUAAACCCAAAAGGCCCUUUUACAUAUACAUACUUUACAUUUCCCAUAUGCACCUAACACCAUAACAAACUCAUCUAAUCCCCACAAUCCUCACAUCAAACCAUAACCAAGCAUCAUAACUUCUCAUAUGGAUCCUCAAAGAAAAUUACAACCAAGAAUCCUUUAUUGGAUCUUAUUACUUGUUUGUGUUACUAACACUCUUCCAAUCAAAGCUUUGGAAUCAAGGAAGCUAGUUGAGAAGUGCACACCAUGUGGUGACAAUCCAAUAUCAUCACCACCUCCAAUAAUAUACAAUUCACCACCACCACCAGUUGUGUAUUAUCCAUCACCACCACCACCAUCUCCACCACCUCCAAUUGUAUACUACUCUCCACCACCACCUUCACCCAAGAAAUCACCCUCAUCAAAUUGUCCUCCACCACCAUCUUCGCCAUACAUAUACAUGACCGGACCGCCGGGGAACUUGUAUCCUGUUGAUGUGAAUUUCAGUGGAUCAGGAGCAACGCCAACCGGACGUGGAAGCUUUGCCGGAAUCUUGCCACUUUUGGUUUGUUUGUUGAGCUUUCUUGCCUUUUGGUGAUUAGUUUGAGAUUAAAAUACUCAACAAGUGAGUAGAAGAUAAUAUAUAUGAUAUAUAUGUAAGGUAAGGGGGAAGAGAAAUUAUAUUAGUGUUUAAUAUGUUCCAUAUGUGAUCCCAAUUUGUUGAUCAUGUAAUUUAUUUCCAUGUCUACUUUUUGCUUCUGUGUAGUUUCGUUGAUCCAAUAAAUUUUCUGUAUCAUAGAGAAAGUAAUAAAUUUAUGAAGUAUUUUCUUAA